AUGGCCGGAAAAGGCUCUGACGGGAAGAAGCGGCCAGUCGCGUUGAAUCUGGCCCCGAAGCGGUCAAACUCUUCAAAUUCCUCAUCUACAAAUAACUCACUCAAGAUUCCCCGAACGCCUCGCUUUGCUGAAGCAACUUCUGUACACUCGCCUGUCGAUAUGAAGAAGUCGCCAUUUGCCGACCCCGAGCAGCCUACCGAGGGCACCUCACAACCUGGCGAUGUUGGCUUUGGCUAUAUCGGCAACGACCAUGAUUCCGCGGCAGGUCCCAAGUCUCCUCUCAAAAGCGCCAUGAAGGUGCCAGGAACUCCCGCCAGACAACUCUCAAACCCCCUCAGUCCGACCUUUCGAGAGGAGGAAAUGCUCGAAAAGCGGGAGGUGUCUACUGACAAGGAGCAAGUCAAGGACAUUAAAAUCAAGACUCGUGUUCGCAUGGCCAAGUUUGCUCUCCGAGGUGUCAACUUCAGCUGUUCCUUGAUCAUCCUGUCCAUGCUGUCGGCCUCUUUUGCCAUCUUCAACUCCACAAAGUCUCUGGCUGCUGCCAGCAAGUUUACGCCAUGGGCCCCCAACACUCAGCAGACAGCCUGGCCACAAAAGCUGACUCUUGCCAUGGCAUGUGUCUCGCUAUUCGCCUGUAUCCUUGUCUUCUUCGCAUACUGCCGAGGAGGCCACAGGCGAGCGACCAAGGUCAACACGUACUACACCAUGUUUGCAAUUGGCUGGUUCAUUCUAAGUAUGCUUCUGUGGGUGGUCACAGCCGUCAUCUUCCAGCACAGCAAGAACAACAGCAACAAUAAAGACAUGUGGGGAUGGGCAUGCACCAACAACCAGCGCGCGGAAAUUUAUCACGAAAAAGUAGACUAUGCACUCGUCUGCCGCCUGCAAAACUGGACCCUCAUCUGCAUCAUCAUCGAAGUAGUCGUCGAGGUCAUCAGCAUCGCGCUCUACAGCAUCGUCUUCUACCGAUUCUACUCCAAACGCCGUCUCAUGAAGUCGAUGGACAUGAGAGACCGUGCCCGUUCCGACCUGUACCUCGCCCAGCUGCGAACCCAGUCUGCCCCCAACACUCCCGGCUUCGGGCCCAAGUCCCCUGCUCUCAGCAGCUACGCCAUGUCACCUCGCCACCCGCCUGCUGCGUACCGAAACCUCUCUGACAUUGACGAGACGAGCCCUUUCACUCCUGGAGGCAAGGUCGUCGUGCCCCAAUCCCAGUUCGGCACUCCCAGUCCGGACUUCAAGCUGCAGCCUCCUCCGACAAAGGCGCCCUCUGCCACCCCCAAAACCGUCCAGGCUGCAUUUGCACCUCCUGCGACAAGAACACCUUCGCCACCCGUCCAGCCUCAGCACGCACCAGCUCCAGCCGACGAGCCUACGUACGAAGCUGUUCCUAUUCCUGGCGCGUACGCAGGCCAAGCCGUGAAGAGCCCCCCUCCUGGCCAAAUGACUUUUGGGGUUGCUAGAUGA